GGGCGGAGGCCGGGGACGCGGCGCCGGGCGGUGUCGGGGAGCCCCACGCGGGGCGGGCGGCGAAGUGACAUGGAAUCCACACUUUUGGCGUGAAAGAGAAGAAGCGACAUUUGAUAAAUGGAAGCCAUGAAGAUAUCAAAACUGUUCUAUGGUUUGGGGAUUUUUGCAUGUGUAGCUAUUUAUGUUGUUUAUAUAAAAUGGCAUUUGGACUCCAAACCAAUCUCCGGUACAACAGAAUGUGCUACUGAAAGUAGGGGAGACAAACUAGACCAUCAGACAUUGAUGACUGAUCACUCAGUGUUUUAUGGAAUUAUGUUUGAUGCUGGAAGCACUGGAACUAGAAUACAUAUUUUUAAAUUUACACAGAAAUCAAAAGAGACUCCCAGAUUAACCCAUGAAACAUUUAAAGCACUGAAGCCAGGACUCUCUGCUUAUGCUGAUGAUGUUGAUAAGAGUGCUCAGGGGAUACAAGACCUUCUAGAAGUUGCUAAGGAUGAGGUUCCUAUGGAGUUGUGGAAGUUUACUCCUUUGGUCCUUAAAGCAACAGCUGGUUUACGGCUGUUGCCAGGAGAUAAAGCUCAGAAGUUGCUGGAUAAGGUAAAAGAAAUUUUCCAGGCAUCUCCUUUCUUUGUAAGGGAUGACUGUGUCUCCAUAAUGAAUGGAACUGAUGAAGGAAUUUCGGCCUGGAUCACAAUCAACUUUUUAACAGGUAGCUUAAAUGCUCCAAGAAAAAGAAGUGUAGGAAUGCUGGAUUUAGGAGGUGGAUCAACACAAAUGACAUUUCUUCCAAUCACUGAGAUAACUCUCCGGACAUCACCAGCUGGCCAUAUCACUUCAUUUCAAAUGUUUAACAACACAUACAAACUGUAUUCAUACAGUUACCUGGGACUCGGGUUAAUGUCAGCAAGGCUUGCGAUUUUAGGCGGCAUUGAGGGACAAGCCUUAAAGGAAGGAGAGGAGCUAAUUAGUCCCUGUUUAUCACCCAGCGUCCAGUGUGAGUGGGAACAUGCUGAAAUAGUGUACAGAAUUAAAGGGCAGGAGGCAGGUGAGCCUCUGUAUGAAUCCUGUGCUAACAAAGUAGCAGAACUGCUCUACAAGAAGGUGCAUAAAACAGAAGUAGUAAAGGAUUUGGAUUUUUAUGCUUUCUCCUAUUACUAUGACACUGCAGCAGAGGUUGGCCUAAUAGAUAAGGAAAAAGGAGGUAGCCUAACAAUUAAUGACUUUGAAAUUGCAGCCAAGUAUGUGUGUAAGACCAUGGAGGUGAAGCCGGGAGACAAUCCUUUCCUUUGCAUGGACCUCACCUAUAUCAGUUUGCUACUGCAAGAACUGGGCUUCCCAAAAAGCCAGGUGUUUCAGCUUGCCCAAAAAAUUGACAAUGUCGAAACAAGCUGGGCUUUGGGAGCCACCUUUCACUACCUUGAUUCACUUCACAGGCUGCAAUACUAAGGCCUCAGGGCCUAAACCCUCAAAAGGAUUUGAGGACUUCAGUCUAUGGGUACCCAGCCUACGGUGGCUUACAGGUGACUGAUUUUGCUCUCUUUGUGACAAUCAGACCCUUUUAAAAGGUGAUCUUAAGUUGGGCACCCAAACUCCCAAUUUAUGAAAAUGUAGAGCAUGGCCGCUCAAGAAUACCUCCUUGAUCUUGCAGUGUCUGUAGAAGACUUGAUGUUAAACUAGAUCAUUUCGGUGAGAAUUCUGGGAUUCAUCGAGGGGCUUUGUUCACAAUGCAGCUACAAAUUCUGUGAGAAAAGUACACCUUUGGGGAACGUGUCUGUGUCAUUUUUGCUUGUAAUAUGCUGAGGUCAAUGUUAGAAAUGGCUGCUCCAGAGGGGCUUCUUCUUUUCUGGUUCUGAUUUAUCAUGUGUUUCUUUGGGGAAUUUUUAACUAUUUCAGUGUUUGAGAAUUAAUGUCUGUAAGUGAAGACAAUGGCAUUGCCGAGCUGAGCUGCUGGUAAGAGCUGAUGUUGACUCUGGAGUGCAGCGUGGGAGACCUGAUUCGGCUGGAGUAUGGCUGAGGUUUGGGCUGCCCAUUCCAGCAGAACUCAGGCCUAUUGUGGAGGUGACAGGCGCACUUAAGGAUCUGAGCCACAGCCCAUGGCAAUCUAUGGGAGCUCUUCAUUGGCCUUUAAAGGCUGAGGUACUUUCGGCACUUGCUGUUGGAGGUGGGGUGGUGAAACUCCAUUUCAGUCCUUCAGGGGAGUCCCUGGCAGUGUGACUUUACUGGGACUGUAAGGGAGAUGGGGCUUUGGAGUUGGUACAGGC